AUGUCUCACGAGUCUGUCUGGAACUCCCGCCCCCGCACCUACGGCAAGGGCUCUCGCAGCUGCCGUGUCUGCAAGCACACUGCCGGUCUCAUCCGCAAGUACGACCUCAACCUCUGCCGUCAGUGCUUCCGUGAGAAGGCCAAGGACAUCGGCUUCACCAAGGUAUGCGACGAACUCUUCCCCGCGACAGCGCGCACCGCCGAACCGAGCACUGGGAGACCGCGAUCGCUAACGCAGGCGCGAUUACAGUUCCGUUAA